AUGGUGACUGUGGUCAGGGACAACAGGCAGGAGCACAGUGCGGCCCGAGCCGUCAACAACAAAAAGGGCGCGGGAGCUCGGCGGGCGCACGGACGGGCGCACGGACGCCGGGACCGCCUCGCCGCCGCCGCCCUAGCGGGCCGGGCCCCGCUGCGCCCCGGCGCGCCUCGCCGCUCGGGGUCUUACAAACCGAACUUGACCGCACACAUGCCCGCCGCCUUCCUCAACGCCGCUGGGAGCGUCCACCCGCCCUCCACCAGCAUGGCCACGUCUUCACAGUACCGCCAGCUGCUGAGUGACUACGGGCCGCCAUCUCUAGGCUACACCCAGGGUACUGGGAACAGCCAGGUGCCCCAGAGCAAAUAUGCCAAGCUGCUGGCCAUCAUCGAAGAGCUGGGGAAGGAGAUCAGACCCACCUACGCGGGCAGCAAGAGUGCGAUGGAGAGACUAAAACGGGGCAUCAUCCAUGCCCGAGGAUUGGUGCGGGAGUGCCUGGCUGAAACGGAACGAAACGCCAGGUCCUAGCUGCCUUGUGAGCCUGGAAGGUUUUCCAGCUUCUUCCCAGAG